GUGGGAGCCCGUGGGCGGACAGUCGGAGCCAGGGUGCCAUCGGGACGCGAAUCCCCAUAUCUACUUAGGGGCCUGUCUUUCUGCGAAGCGGUCACGUCUGAGUCCUGGGGGUGACCCGUGCUGGACUGUCGCCGUGUGGCCUGGGCCAGAAUAGUCUCUCCCAAGCUCUUGUGUUGCGGGUGAACGACGCCUGGUUCUUGUGAGCGCCUUCGCAGCAGGAAGCCCAGAGCUGCGCCCGCCUUUCCGAAAAGCCGUGGGAGGGUUUGCGGUGGGCGCAUUUUAACUUGCCACUAUCCCUAUUUGAUGCCUGUCGGGGGCUGCCCUUCAGUAGGAGCACCCACGAUGGGCACCCCAGCCUCUGUGGUGAGCGAGCCGCCACCCUGGCAGGCCCCGAGUGAGGCCCGGGGCCGCAAGCAGGCCUCAGCCAAUAUCUUCCAGGACGCCGAGCUGCUGCAGAUCCAAGGCUUGUUUCAGCGCAGUGGGGACCACCUGGCUGAGGAACGUGCACAGAUCAUCUGGGAGUGUGCAGGAGACCACCGUGUGGCAGAGGCCCUGAAGAGGCUGCGCAGGAAGAGGCCCCCACGGCAGAAACCGCUGGGCCGCUCACUACACCACUGCAGCCGGCUCAGAAUCCCAGAGUCCCCCUCUGCCCUGGGCGACCCACAGAGUAGUGCCACGGAGACAGCCUCCAGUGAGCAGUAUCUGCACACCCGGAGGACAAGUGCCAGGAUCCGCCGGAACUGGAGGAAGCCAGGCCCCACAAAUUACCUCCACCAAAUCAGACACUGAUCCAGGAAGAGGGCCAGGAAUAGCAAUGUCUUCCCAGGAAUCAAAGGGACUUUCACCAAAGGGCCUGGGGAAGUGGAGGAGGAAGAGACUUAAGGAAGACAUCCUCACGUGGGUAUAUAAAAAAGAGAGACCACUGCCACUGACUUGCUCAGUUUGGAACAGCACUGGAGGCUUCCACUGGGCUGUUAUAUGGGACUCGUUCAUCAACAGAAUGAAUAACAGCAUCUGUUCCUGCCUUAGCCUUUCCCAAUGUAACACUAUACCUGGGCUGCAUGAUAUUCCUCCAGGAGUCAAGUGCCGAGCACUCAGACACAGCACCUCACCACUGCUGCUACUGCUCUGCUGCUACUACUGUAACCCAUGGUCCCGCAGCCGGUCCCAUGCCCCCACACCAUCAGGCCAACAUAGGGAAACUGUAGUGUUUAAGUGGCAAAUAAAAACAUUUGCAUCAGUAA